AUGGGAUACUUAUCACAACCAUCAGAACACUCAAACGUGAAACCAGUCUCACUUGCGAAGAUGGAUGAGAAUGGAGAAUUAUGUUCUUAUGCUUCCUGGCUAGGAAAGCAUCCUUCUGCUUUGGACAAUUUUGAUGAAGUGAUGAGCAUUGCUGAGGGGAAAGAGAUUGUUGUGUUUUUGGACUAUGAUGGAACACUGUCACCGAUUGUAGAUGACCCUGAUAAGGCUUAUAUGAGUGAUGCUAUGCGCGCAGCUGUACGUGAAGUUGCUUAUUGUUUCCCCACUGCCAUUGUUAGUGGAAGGCGCAAGGAUAAGGUGUAUGAGUUUGUGAAGUUAAAGAAUGUUCGCUAUGCUGGAAGUCAUGGUAUGGAUAUAUCAACUCCAUUAGGGUCUUCAAAAUGUGAAGAUCAGAAGCAUCAGAUAAAGGCUGUUGAUGAAAAGGGUAAUCAUGUUGUUCACUUUCAUCCUGCAAAAGAAUUUUUGCCAACAAUCCAAGAGAUAAUUAAGGUUUUGAAAGAAAAUACAAGAAGAAUAAAGGGCUCUAUGAUUGAGGAUAACAUGUUCUGUGUCACUGUACACUACCGGUGUGUGAAAAAUGAAGAGGAUGUUAGUGCUCUCAGAGAAAUGGUGGAGUCCAUAAUGAAACCUUACCCCAGUUUUCACAUAUCAAGAGGAAGAAAGGUUAUGGAGAUACGUCCAAAUGUAAACUGGGACAAAGGACGUGCUCUUAUGUAUUUGCUUGACACUCUUGGGUUUGACAACUUCAACAAUGUUCUUCCAAUGUACCUUGGGGAUGAUAAAACUGAUGAAGAUGCUUUUAAGGUUAUAAGAAACAUUGGACGUGGUUUUCCCAUUGUUGUUUCUUCAAUUGCAAAGGAGACGGAGGCUUCUUAUUCCCUGCGUGGCCCUUCUGAUGUGCUGGCUUUCUUGAUUCGUUUGGCAAAAUGGAAGAAGAACCUGUCACAGAAAAGGGGCUAA